CCGGCUUCUUUGUGUAUGAUGUUCGCUAUGGCGUCCGCUUUGCUGCUAUGGAUCACCAUGGCUGAGGCCCACAGCUGCUGCUUCCGCUUCGGCUAUGCGGCGGGGAUGACGCCCUGCUGCAUGCAGGUCAACAAAGGUUUGACGGAGGAGCAGUGCAGCGCUGCGAAGGAGCACUUUGUGGGCGGCGCUAUGGGCUGGAGCUCCGAGUGCCCCAAGACGCCGGCGGAGGCCCAGAAGCUCAAGGAAAUGCAUGAUGCGAGCGCAUCCCACCCCACGCACGCGAGCAGAGGCCCGGCUCGCGCUCCGGGGACCGGAGGCGCCAAACCUCCAGGCCCUUCGCCGAGACCGCCCCACAGGGCGCCAGAAGCGCCCCAACCGCCCCAACCUGAGCCAGGGACCGCCUUGUGUGAGCAGUUGCCGGAAGGAGUUGAGCCAGCCAAGCCGGGCCAAGCCGCCGCUGCGCCCUUCAAAUCCGGCACCAUGAUGGAGGUGACGUGUCAGGUGGGCUGGCGCCCGCUGAACCGCUCCGAGAACACCUGGAAGGUGAAGUGCGUGGGCUGGGACGCCUGGAGCGCCAAGGACCACUUCGCGGGUUGUGAGGUGGUGCGUUGUGACGAGCUCAGCGAGGACGAUUUCGGGGCAUGGCUUGGGGAGCGGGACUUCAACAGCACCCAGCGCCUGCGGUGCACCCAGGGUUACAUCGCCAUAGGUGCCGCAGAGCUGAGCUGCCUCGCCUCCGGCCUGUGGGACCGGCUGCCGGGCUCUUGCUCCCCGGAGGGCGGCAAUCCGGAGCUCUGGAGGAGAGCAAGCUUCGUUAUUCAGCGCUCUUGAGCUUCCUGGGCCUCACGGUCACCGCGGGCCUGGUGAUGCUCGCCUGGCCCAAAGGGGAGGUUCUCGGCCGGCCACCUCGCGACACCGAGUGAGGAAAGAAUAGAGCGCGGAGCGCAUGGCCCUGCUUGUUCGGU